AUGAAACGGAAGAACAGGGGUAAUCCCAUCGCAACGAUCCACAGGUGGAAUAAGCCACCCUUAUCAUGUCGCGAGUGUCGCGAGAAGAAACGACGUUGUGAUCGUGCACAACCCUGCUCGAACUGUGUAAUCAGGAAGAUCUCAUGCGAAUACCCCGGCCAGAGCCCCGAAGAUGUGCCUGUCACAGAAGCAUUGAUGGAAUCCACUUCGUUUCAUUCCAAUAAGAAUGCUGCAGAUCGAGAUUCUGCUCACACAGAGCUAGCUGCAAAUAACACCGAUGAGCUUCUGUUUCGAAUACGCAGGUUGGAAGAAGCAUUGGCUAAAAGGUCAAAUACAUCUCCAGAGCCAGCUGGGAAGCGUCAAUGCGUCUAUCCACCAAAAGAUUUAGCUUCUAAUAGCCCUUAUGUCACCCCAUUCAGUUGCCACCUUUUGGCUGCCCUGGACAAAUAUGAAGAAGGGCCUACGAUAUUCGAUUAUGCGAGGAAACUUCCUCCUUUACGACAGGCUCGAGAGCUGUUUAACCACUUUGCAACUACACUGCAACCCACGUUUGGGGUUCUCCACAUCCCUUCAACAAAAGAAUUACUCCAAACGACUUACGAUGGCUUGCUGGAAGAUGAGGAGCCUUCUGCGGCGAACUUGAUGUUGCUUUUUAGCAUAUUUGCUGGAGCCUCUCUGGUCUGGACACCCCGGCUUCUUGGGACCUUACAAUCUACUCGUGAAGAAGCCAAGGCGGCUUUCAAGACGUAUUCUCGCUUUGCCAUGGAGAUUCUGGAACAUCCGCGUCUCCACAUCCAAGCAUCGACUACAGCCCUUGUGGCUAUUGGUACUAUGGCUCACAUAUUGAUGAACACCGAUGGGUUUCCACUCAAAGUACAUCUUCUUCGGCAUCGUUGUCUAUUGAUGGCACGAGAGAUGCAAGUACACCGCUUAGAUACCGCCAAAAGCCGCGAGGAGCGGCGGUUGAAGGGAUGUAACAUGAUUGAUAUCGAAGUUCAGAGACGAGUAUGGUGGAAUAUGGUAGCCUCUGACUGGCUACUUGCUUUUCAUGGCAGUCCACAUGAAGGAGCAUACAUCUUCCACCCAAAACACAUGAAUGUCAACUUGCCUAGCAAUACUGAUGAUGAAUUCAUCACGCAAACUGGCAUUCAGCAGGAAUUCCCCCUGUCCGUUCCUACCUCCAUGUCCGCCUUUCUCAUGCGAGUGAAAUCCGCCUCACUGUCUCGGGAAGUUAUCGACGCCCUGCCAUCUAUACUACUUGGAUCCACUGAGCCAGAUUACGACACCAUUCUUGAACUGGAUGCCAAAUUCCAGAAUCUCCUCAACGAACUCCCCGUGCACUUCAAAACGGACCCCGCCAGUAUCGAGCAAAGCCGGGAGAUAUGUAAGAAACGACCCACCAUUGCCUGGCAGCGGAUCAGCGUCCAUUUUAGCAUCCACACCCGGCUGUGCCGACUCCACCGACCAUAUCAUCUGGAAGGUAUCACGAAUCCUAGAUACGCAUACUCCCACAAAGUGUGCAUCCAAUCUGCCCAGAGCGUGCUGGAGCUGCGACGCUCAAUGGAUGCGAUUGGGAUCGAGGUUGGAUUGAAAGCAGGGCAGUUCUUGACAGUGAUGCAUCACGUCUUCUUCGCGGCUCUGAUUCUGGCUAUGGACGUCUCGUUCAACCCUUCUGCGCCGGACGCGGAGGAUCGCAAGGCUAAGGUUCUGGUCGCGUACCAGGCACUGGAGAAGUCGAAGCAGGAAUCGAACUACCUGCUAGAAGGAAUUCAAAAGAAUCUUCAGACUCUGAUGUCCACGCUCCAGAAAGAUGUUCGGACUACCGAGGAUGACCAAGACUCUGUACUACCACCCACGGGUCUCGGCCCCUCAGCCAGGGUACAGCCUUCUUCUACGGAGAUAAUGGACGGGUCUGUAGAUGGAGGUACCCUGAUCAACGAUCUCAACGGAGAGGGCUGGGAACAGUUGUGGUCCGAGUUUGUGGCCGUAGCGCCCGAGUUGGACGCGCCGCAGUGGAGUUCGCUGUUGGAAGAUGUCGAUUUUAACCCGCAGCUGGAUAUUUUUUAG